UUUAAAACUCGGUAUCCGAUCAAAGAAUCGACUAAUCCGAGAGGACUAAUUCCACCGCCCACUCCCGGGGGCCCCGUUUAAAGCCAGAGCAAGCUCUGUAUGAACUUAGCCCACCGAAAUUGGCAUAGGGGAAAUCAAACCUGAGACCUCUAGAGGAGCAAACUCCAAGAUCAAAAAGCCAAUAAUCUAUAAUAUAGUUGACACUAAUAAUCUAUAAUAUAGACAACUAGAAGGGCCAAACGAAAAUUGACUUGCAAAUUAUUCUAAGAUUAUUUGACUUGUUUUUAAAUUUAAUUUUGAAAGUCUGCGUGAAUGAAGAAUUUGAUGUCCCCUCUGGAUUUUAUAUAUGUAUAUCAAGCAUUAAACAGAUACAAGUCUAAUCCACAUAAGUUGUGGAAAACAUUUGGAACAAAUUUCUCAAAUAAAUUUUGUGUUCAUCAGAAGCUCUUUCAAUUGAUCCAUUCUUUGAUUUUCCAAUUUCCAUUUCAAAGCUUUUAUGGCAAAUCUUGGAACUACACAAAGAAUACCAACUUCAAAACCUUCAUCCCCAACAACAGACACAUAUGAACCAAAAUCACCACAUGAAAAACUAUAUGCUAAUUUCAAAUUCUAUUGCCCAAUUAACCUUCCCUUGACACAAGAAGUUGCAGCAUCUCGCAUCAUAAGAAACUUGAAGCAUAUAGGGCUAUACUAUACACUUUUUAUUUGGAUGAUACUCUUCAUAACUCUGAUACCUGACCAAAAAGUGUCCUUAAUUCUGUUGCUUAUCAUGACCUAUGUGACAACCCUUUAUUGUUUAAUACUAAGGUCAUGUCCUAAUUCACACUUGCUUCAUAGAAUCAUAGAUAAAAAGAUUGUAUUGACUUUUUUAGUAAUUGCAACUGCAAUUCAGCUGAUUAUGACUGAUGCCGGUACUCAUUUUGCAAUUACUUCGACUUGUAGUGUGCCGGUAGUUUUGCUUCAUGCAGUUUUAUGGGAUAGUAGUUAUGAUGGUUAUGAGACUAAGGAAGGUUCUGGUACACAAGAAUUGGCUCCUCUUACCAGCAGCCAAAAUGAUAGCGACAAGUCCUCGUUUUGCAACUAUUUAAUAGAAUAA